UUCAUUAUCGCUCGGCGUUUAAAAUUUUAAAAAUUUCCAAAAAUUUCCUUAUGAUCAGAAAAGGAUUUGUUGCUGUUCACGUAGGCGCCGGCUAUCAUUCCCCUGCCAAUGCCGACCUUUACAAGGGAGUUUGCGAAAAAGCUUGUCAUCAGGCCGUUCAGUUGCUAAAUAAAGGACAUAGUGCACUGGAAGCUGUUGUUGCUGCCAUUGUUUCGUUGGAGGAUUCCCAGUGUACAAAUGCAGGCAUCGGGUCCAAUUUAACUAUGGCAGGUACAGUAGAGUGUGAUGCUAGCAUUAUGGAUGGCAAGUCACUCCAUUAUGGAGCUGUUGGAGCUGUUUCUGGUGUGAAAAACCCUAUAAAAGUGGCAGAAAGUUUGAUGAACCUGCAAUUUCUGGGGGAGAUGCCGCUGGGGAGGAUAGCCCCAUGUACACUAGUUGGACAAGGAGCUUACGAAUGGGCCAAAGAACAUGGACUAUCAGUCAUCAUUGACAAAAAUGAACUGAUUACAGAAAAUUCUCGAAAAACUUUUAUAAAGAACAAAAGAAAGUUAGACCUGGUAAAUGAGGAACUCAUGAAGGCCCGUGUUUCUGGAGUUGGUUUUAAGACAUCAAAACUCUAUGAUAACAGCAACAACAACAGUGACCGCAACAAAACCGUUAGGGCUACCAAUAGAACACUGAAAAAUGCCCAGACCAGUGAUGUAUUUGUUGAUGAAAUUGCGAGCAACGUUGAAAUUAGUAGUGAAAUUACCUUCGGGAUUAAUGCCAAAUCAAACUUAGCCUAUGAUAACAGGGGCAAUGGGGUAAGGGGGCGCAUUCCAAAGUUCAAUAUUUUUUCUAAAAAUAAUCUGACGCAACAAAAGAGUAAAUUGAAAAACAUUAAAAAUCAACAUCAAACCAACGACUGUAACAACAACAACAGUGACAACAUUCCUAACAGCAUCGCUAUCAACAACACAGAUUCUGAUGACACCAGCAAAAACAACUACAACGACAGCUGCAACAAUAGCAGCAAUGAUGACAACAGGCGACAAGUAGACGUCAGGAAUGAUACGGUCGGAGCCAUCUGUGUUGAUGAAGAUGGUCGCAUUGUCAGUGCCGUGUCGAGUGGGGGCAUCAUACUGAAACACCCCGGAAGAUUAGGGCAGGCAGCCAUGUACGGUUGUGGAUGCUGGGCAGAAAAUGAUGAGAAUGGCCAGUGUGGGGCGGCUGCUAGCACAUCAGGGUGUGGUGAACAGUUAUCAAAGACGAUGCUGGCCAAAGAAUGUGUACUGACGUUGAAAGAAUUCAUCGUUGAAAAGAAAAAAAAUAAAGUCAACAACAGUAAUAACAAUAACGACGAUGAAGAUGGUGGAGAUAGUGAUGACGAUAGUGAUAAUGGAGAUGGUCGUGAAAAACUUGGCUUGGCGGAGGCUGUCAAUGAAUGUUUCAUGAAAAAAUUUAUCAACUCUCCAUUCCUCAAGCACGAGAGGCAACCUCUAGGUGGCGCACUUGUAGUAACGGUUGAAAAAGUUUUGCCGAAGCCGAAAGAUUUCUGCAGCGACGACAGUAACGGCAACUGGCUACAAGCCUACCCAUGGAAUAAACUUCGAACGGUCGAAGGCGAUAUCGAUGAUGAUGAGAGCUUCUUUAUUAUUGAGUUGAUGUGGGCUCAUACGACUGAAAGCAUGUGCCUUGGUUACAUGGGCACCGGUGACAAAAAAGCUAAGGCUGUGUUAUCUCGUUUGCCGGAGGGUCACCAGGUGGUCAAGUCACUGCCUGUUGGGGGUACAUCGUACUACAUGUAGCAGAGAAACCAUCAUCUUACUUGUCUUCAUCUUUACCAUUUUCAUUGUUUUAUAACAUUACUUAGGCUUGCUCAUAAUGUUAACUCCGUUUUGCGUGUGCACGUAUAUGUAUUUUCUAUGGCUAGGCUGGAUAAAUUUUUAAAGAAAUUUCCUCAUGUGAUUUGUGAUUUUAAUUACGUU